AUGGACUCCUUUAUACCCGAAAUUCCUUCGCCAGUUCAGCACAAUGGUAUUCCAAGUGUCAGUCCUCCUCCGCAAGCAGAGGGUACUCUGCAACAAUACUACCAGCACCAAGCAUCUAAACAAUUCACGCCCCCCACUCCCAAGUUGCCACUCCUGACCCGCGCUCAGUACAUCUCACCCACAACCACGCCAGGCAUGGCAUCUUUGACUUUGGCAAUGUCAGUCUCCCUGCACAUUAGAGCGACCCAACAAACGUCUCCCAAGUUUCACCCUGCUAGUGCAAGCGGCCAUCCAUCAUACCAGUUAACCGGCUCUUGUCAGCCCUCAUCUUCGUCUUUGCAACUGUCCAGUAAGCGCAAAGAGAUGUCAUCUGCGCCGUCAGACCCCCAAAGGUCUAAGAGACAAAACUUAGUCGGACCGCGGCCAGUCUACCUCCCAUUCCAGGGUGAUAGGGACAGCGCAGUUCGACAAACACCGAAGAUCAGGAUCUAUGAAAGUCUUGCAAAGGAUAUCAACAAUCGCUUUCCCAACAUCCAAAUCUACUCGACGCAGAUCAAGAGCAAGAUCGCGAAGAUGAAGGCCCAGUUCGAAAUUGCCGACACCAAACGAAACGAAUCUGGAUUCGGCAGUACGGACGAGGAUCAGUAGAAGAAGGUUACUAAAGACAUUUCGCCCAUUCUACUUCGAUCUUGAGGAUGCAUGGGCCACAAGCUGGAGAAACAUACCAACGGAAUACGCCGACUGCCUCUGCAAGUUGGACGAUCCGCUUAUCGUUGAGGAUGAAUUUCAGGACCAGAC